AAGCGCCGGAUCGGGUCGGCGGCGGAAAAGUCCGAAGCUGCGGGGCGCCCGAGGCCGUUGCCGACCUCCGCGAGGAAGCCCCGGCUGCCGCCACCGUGGCUGCGGAAUCCUUCUUCCACCCGGAACCGCAGCCCCCUCGCGGAGGGAGCGAGUGAGCGGGGACCGUAAGCCCCCAGGCCGCAGCCACAGCGGCGGCCGAGCCCCUCAAGACCUGAGCGGGCUUAGGGGUUGACGCCGCGGGGGCGGGGCGGGCCGGGCGGGGCCGAGAACAGCCGAGUCCACCCGAGCGUGGCCGACCGGGCCCGAGGCGCAGCAGCAGGCCGGGGCCGGACUACGGGAGCCGAGGCGGGCCGCGCGGUGGGCGCGGAGCGGCGCGGCAGGCCGGGCGGGCGGCGGCAGCGAAGGAGGCCGCGGCUGCGGGUCCGAGGAGCGGAGGCGGCACCAGAGGCGGCGAGGGGCCGGGUGGCCGGGGUCCCGGGCCCCGCGGCGGCGGCGGCGGCGGCGGCGGCAGGAUGAUCAAGCUGUUCUCGCUGAAACAGCAGAAGAAGGAGGAGGAGUCGGCUGGCGGCACCAAGGGCAGCAGCAAGAAGGCGUCAGCGGCGCAGCUACGGAUCCAGAAGGACAUAAACGAGCUGAACCUGCCCAAGACGUGUGACAUCAGCUUCUCUGACCCAGACGACCUCCUCAACUUCAAGCUGGUUAUCUGUCCUGAUGAGGGCUUCUAUAAGAGUGGAAAGUUUGUGUUCAGUUUUAAGGUGGGCCAGGGUUACCCACAUGACCCCCCCAAGGUGAAGUGUGAGACGAUGGUUUAUCAUCCCAACAUUGACCUCGAGGGCAAUGUUUGCCUCAACAUCCUCCGUACUAGCCCACUACUCACCAGACUGACCAGGAUGCUCUGUACCCACAGAGAGGACUGGAAGCCAGUCCUUACGAUAAACUCCAUAAUUUAUGGCCUGCAGUAUCUCUUCUUGGAGCCCAAUCCCGAGGACCCACUGAACAAGGAGGCCGCCGAGGUCCUGCAGAACAACCGGCGGCUGUUUGAGCAGAAUGUGCAGCGCUCCAUGAGAGGUGGCUACAUCGGGUCCACCUACUUCGAGCGCUGCCUCAAAUAGGGUUGGCGCAUAUCUGCCCCUGCCAGGGUCACCAGCCCGGGCAUCCCCUGCAAAUAUUUAUUGGGGGCCACGGGUGGGGUUUGGGGGCCAGUGGGGGGAAUCCCUGCGUUGGUCUUGCCACUCCUCCCUGCUACUUACCCCUAGUUAUUUUUUUUUUAACCACCAUGUGAUUAUGGUCGGCGCGGCCUUUCCCGACCUGCUCAGCGAUGGGAAAUGAAUUGGCUUGUCUAGCCCCUCCCCCCCCGCUGGGUGCUAUCCAGCCCCCCCCCACUCUGGGCUGUGGGGUGGGUGGGCUGGGGUCUGGGUAAGCUGGGCCUCAGAAACCCACCCCUCCAUCACUGGAGGUCCCACCAGGCUAUUAAAGGGGAAUGUUACUGCA